AUAAGCUGGGUGUGUGCCAACGAGCCUGCAGACUAGUAUCAUUGUGCCAGAUUAGAACUUAGUGGUGGAUUAAAGUGUUACCAUGCAUUCAACCUAGGAGUUUGUGUUGAUGAAGACCCUAAUGGAAGCGCAAACAUUUUAGAUUUUGUUAGUCGUGUCCCCUGGCCUGAUCCUGAGAGUGACUUGAGUGAUAAAACCACAGAAAGUGAAGUUAAUCCUUUGUGCUCGAGCAACAGCAGUUUGCGGGAAAUUUACUCCAAGGACAGUAGAUAACAAGCCAAAACCUCAACCUGAAAACAAGAAUGAUAUCCAGCAGGGACUGUGGCACGUGUGUUAGAAUGAUUCUACUGUUGCUGGUGGUGACCACCGUCACGGUAACCGGAGCCGAUGAUAGUGGAGGAGCCAGUACUAGUUCGUCGAAUAAAUUGGAUGACUAUGUGUUAACGACGCAAUCGGAGUGCUAUAAAUCGAAGCGAUUGAUUUCGUGCUUCAAGUACCGAAUUUCUCGCUACAUUUGGUCAUUCGCAUCGGGUCGAAUGGACUGGCUGCUGGCGGAAAAGCAUGCUUAUGAAGGUGGAAACGGAGUAAAGCUGGUGCGGCUGAACGAACCACAGGAGGACGAUGUAUUUCCGGAGGCGCGGCAGAUUUCGCCGUACGACAACGAGAUGCUGAAAGCCACUAAAUUCAUGCAACGUUCGCUGAACACCUUUAUCGCCUCGCACGGCGUCCGUUUGGGAGCAGGUGCGGACAGUGGCGCUCGGUUUCUAGACGAUGGCGAAGAUUUUGAUGGACGCGGUAAGAAGAAGAGAAGGUGGUCGAUGAUUCUACCGCUGGCACUGUUGCUGAAGCUAGUGCACAUGAAGCUGCUACUGAAACCCAUCCUGCUUGGAGUUGGCCUUAUCCAGAUCCUGCUCAUCGCCGGUGGUUUGUUCAUAUUCAAUUACUUCCGCAACAGCAAUAUUUGCCGCAUUCAGCCGCAUGUUAUACACUCCCACUCGCAUAUAGCCAGCGAAUCGGCACCAGAAUUAUCGUACGCUUCGUAUGGAUCGUAUCCCUCCUAUUCAGCAUCUCCGUACAACGCCUACAACAAGGACUGGGCUACGAAUAGGGCCUACAGUGGUUACAGUUUUCUGGACGCCAUCGACAGUCACAAAAUCUAGCUGCCUCACUAGAGUUUGCAGUGUAUUUCGGAAAUAACUUAGCAUAAAUUUAUGUUGUUUUAGGGAGAUGAGCGAAUUCCCGGAUGACCAGGAAACAAUUACUUUUCUAGCAUCAUCAAAGUCAAUCCUCUAUUUUUUUCCACUCAAGUAGUGUCGCGUUUUAGGAUACUGAAAUAUUGUUUCUCGCAAAUGCUAUUUCUCUUACACUCUAAUCCUUUAUUCGAUGAAAUGUUAAAAGACUUCCGAAACAUUUCAUUCGAUUCUAUUUCUAGUCUCCAUGACCGUUCCACGUACAAAAUAAUACCCAAAAUAGUGUUUUUGUUUCAAUAAUAGAGGUUCUAACCGUUUGGUCAAUCGUCUCUCGGGUCAUGAAAACUCUCGGACCGUAUGUAGCAGGGCAGGGAACUAAACCAAGCUAGGCCGCGAGAAAGGAUUACGUCAUACUUAAUGCGUUGUGCCAGCCCCCUUGGAAUAGUUUAAUUUUAAUUCUAGCGAAAGUGUUCAGUGUUAGUAAUAACAAAGCAUAUUUAUUAUAUAUCUAUUAAAUUAUUUAUUUAUCAUGAUUGGCACUAGUUACUAGGUUCGACAGA